GUCAUUAGCGCUACGGAGCAUGUGUGGGUAUUACAGCUCUAAGGAAAUUAGAGUGUGUUGUUAGAAAACUUGUAAAUUGCCACCUUACUAAGCCCUUUAAUUGAGUCUUUGUGUUUACAAUCCCUACGUUGAAGAGAUUUACAUUAGCUUUCAUUCACAUGAGCAUAUUUAGUAUUUAUUUUAGCUGACGCCAUCUUUCUUCUGCUAAACUAAGGCAUUACCCAAAGGUGUUCAUGUAAUGUGAUUGGAUUUCCCAUUGGAGGCAUACCUUCACCAGCUCCAGAGAUACUAUCGCCAUUGGUUUGGAAUUUAUUCUCUGUGGUUUGGGAAGAAGCGAAACACAUUUCGGUAAUAACUUCACAACCAGAAACUUGCAGAUAAAUACAGCUUGCCGACAAAGACUGUUUUAAAUAUCUACAAUAAGCCUUAACGUUGUGUUACGUUGCUGGAAUGUUUGUAACGGGGUUUUUUGUAACAGAGGAACAUGACUCUCACACCACUCCUGAGGUUUCCUAAAGUCCCACUUUCCAAUGGUCUGCAGAUUCCAAUACUUGGACUGGGCACAUCACAUCAUGGCGGUUUCUCUCAUGAUGCCAUCGUGUAUGCACUCACUGAGUGUGGAGUGCGUCAUAUUGACACAGCAAAACGCUACGGCUGUGAGGAGAAACUGGGUAAGGCUAUCAUAGAAAGUGGGAUACCACGCAGUGAUCUGUGGGUCACCAAUAAACUGUGGCCAGGGGACUACGGAUACAAAGCUGCAAAGAAGGCCUGCCUUGACUCCUGCUCACAGAUGGGGUUGCAUUAUUUCGAUCUGUACCUGAUGCACUGGCCAGAGCCAUUGCAGUCAUCUAAUUGCUCUAAUAGGGAGAUGAGAACAGAGACCUGGAGAGCUCUGGAAGAACUUUAUAAAGAAGGAGUUUGCCGUGCUAUUGGUGUGAGCAACUUUCAAGUCCACCACCUGGAAGAAUUAAAGGAAGACUGUAGUGUUGUGCCACAUAUCAACCAGGUGGAGUAUCAUCCUUUCCAGCAGCCCAAACUGCUGAUGGAGUACUGUCGUCGGGAGGGAAUUGUGUUUGAAGGCUACUCUCCUUUGGCCAAGAAUCAAGUCCUCAGAAACCCAACUGUUCUCCAGAUAGCAGAAAAAUAUAGACAGACCCCUGCUCAGAUCUGCAUCCGCUGGAGUAUUCAGAAUCGAGUUGUUACAAUACCAAAAUCCACCAAAAAGAAGAGAAUUCAAGAAAACUGUCAAGUAUUUGGGUUCCAGCUGGAGGAGUCAGACAUGACUGCUUUGGGAAGCCUGCAUGAUGGAAGACAUGUGUCGUGGGAUUCAACACACGUAGAGUAACACAUGUUAGAAAACUUAAAAAGAAGAGUGAGUUUGUAUUUUUUGCUCAACAAGUUCUUUACGAGUGCUGAAAGAACGGAGCUCUUCUCAUAUGGCAUACUAGCUUUUAGAUUGCAUAUCCAUUCGCACAUUUGACCAUUUGUUAAAACGGCAAACUCUUCGACUUUUAAUCCAUGUAUAUUGUACAUUUUUUAAUAGCAUUUAAUUAAUAUUUGUAUUGUCUUCUCUCUUAUCUAUAUGUAUUCCUUGUGUCCAUUUUAAUAGUAUUUUUUUCUGCUGUUCUAUAGGUUUUUUGAUAUUUGCAAUACUUGCUUUAUUGUUAUUGCUGUUAUGCGCCCAUUCACCCAAGCAAAUUCCUUGUAUGUAAACAAUUUUAAAAAACAAGACGACAAUAGAAAAGAUUUAGAGUCCAAAAAAUCAGAAUAUAAUAGUAUAAUUCCUUACUUUUUUCAGUAAUUUUUCAGAAAAUAAUUAAAUAACCCAAAUGUUAACAUGAUUGUUACAUACUGGCCGUUAUGCUAUUAUGUUGCAAGAUAGUGAGCUGCAAAAGAUGGCAAAUAUCUAAAGAUUUUAGCUUAUGCAAUAAAUCUAAUAAUCACCAAACCCAGACAAUGUAAGUGAACAGCCUUUUGUACAAGCUGCAAUACUAAACAGUUAUUCAGUUCUUGUCAUCUAAGUUUAAAUAAGUGCAUUGUUAAGAGCUGGUGUUCAUGUACCAGGGAACUAGUAUGUUCGGCUGUGCUGGCUGCCUGCUGCAAAAAACACCAACAUCACUCUGCUUGUUUAAUCAAUUUAUUUUGUAGAAAUUCUAAAAAAAUAUAUUUUAAAAGAAAGACUAUUCUAUUUGUAAAACUGUUUUGUUUUUUCCAUACUCAUCCAGACCUAGAAAUGAGAAGCUGGAGUUGCUCUUUGUUAAAAGCAAAAAU